CGGUGAACGCCGCGACAGCAUGGAUGACAAUCACUGAGUUGCAGCGCUUCCUUUGACGCUCCACAUCCAAAUCAUCUUUUCCGAAAUAACUUUAUACACCUCGCAUCUUGUCCCGCACCCACAUUCGCGGCCCUGCUGACGGUCAUCAAGCUCUAGAGCAGCGGAUUGCUCGUCGUCGCUAAACCAUUGCCUUCAGACUUCGGACUUGCUGCACGCUCACGAUGGUGCUGGUACUGUUCGAGACAGCUGUGGGCUUUUGCCUUUUCAGGCUCUCGGAGCCUGGCGCAUUGACGUCCAAAGAUUUGCACAAGCAGUUCGAAUCGGCGGAUUCUGCCUCGCGUCUAGUGAAGCUGAGCGCCAUUCAUCGGUUUCAGUCCACAGCCGAGGCGGUGGAGGAUGUGUCAGCAUUAGGGGACGGCAAAAUGUCUAAAGGUCUGAAAAAAUUCCUCACCUCGGAGAUCGUCGAUGCAAAGCAAAAGGAGCAAUUGGUCGUGACUGACCCCAAGUUGGGAGGUACGAUUUCCAAAAAGCUAGGCAUUCAAGUCACUUCAGACUCUUCCGUCUUGGAACUCUACAGAGGCAUCCGUCAGCACUUGGCCCCCCUGCUCUCGCUCAGCUCGCCUGAUGGCGCUACUUCGAACGGCCUCGACCCUAGAGAUCUCAACACCAUGUCAUUGGGUCUCAGCCACAGUUUGUCUCGGUACAAGCUCAAGUUCAGCCCUGACAAGGUAGAUACCAUGGUCGUGCAAGCGGUCGGUCUUCUGGACGACCUGGACAAGGAGCUGAACAUUUACGCCAUGAGAGUCAAGGAAUGGUACGGAUGGCAUUUCCCCGAAAUGGGCAAGCUGAUCACGGACAACAUCGCCUACUCCAAAUGCGUGCUUGCCAUGGGUUUCAGAACUUCUUGCAGCACGACCGACUUUAGCGAGAUCUUGCCGGAGGAGCUGGAGGAAACAUUGAAAGCUGCCGCAGAGAUCAGUAUGGGGACGGAGAUUUCAGACACGGAUUUGAGCCACAUCUCGAGCUUGGCAGAACAGGUCGUCAAGAUUGGCGCAUAUAGAGCUCAGCUUUGGUCCUACUUGCAGACUAGGAUGGCAAACAUUGCGCCCAACUUGACUGCGCUGGUAGGAGAGCUUGUUGGCGCCAGACUCAUCUCUCACGCCGGUAGCUUGCUGAAUCUCGCAAAACACCCAGCUUCUACCGUCCAAAUUCUUGGUGCAGAGAAGGCCCUUUUCAGAGCACUCAAGACAAAGCACGAUACACCGAAGUACGGACUGAUUUACCAUUCCUCUUUGGUUGGCCAAGCGCCUCAGAAGCUAAAGGGAAAGAUGGCAAGAAUGGUUGCUACCAAGGCAGCCCUUUCGAUCAGAUUGGAUGCGCUUGCAGAUGCGGAAGCCGAGACUGCCCCCACGAUUGGUCUACAAGAGCGAGGACGACUUGAAGCGCGGCUGAGAGGUCUGGAGCAUCGUACGGACGUUGCCGGCCUACGAUCGGGACCUGGCGCUGGUCCCAAACAGACAGCAUUCACGCCUUCAGGCGGCAGGACGUACAACGCAGCUGCCGAUUCCGUGCCUGCGAGACAGUUUGGCACACCCUCGUCGAAUGCUGCUGCAGCAUCUAGCUCUUCCAAGCCUAUGGACGUGGAUGGAGCACCCAAUGGCGAGGCCAAGCUCAGUAAGGAGGAGAGAAAAGCGCAAAAGAAGGCGAGGAAAUCGGCAGCUGCGGAAAGCGAGGUGGACCUCUCCAUCACGCAGACGGAUGCCGGUGCGGAGUUGUCAAAGGAGGAACGCAAAGCCGCAAAGAAGGCUGCCAAGGCCGCUGCUGCCGCCCAGGACGCCGGCGCGGCAGACGCUUCAGCUUUGCUCGCAGAGGAACAAAAGAAGAAGGAAAGGAAGGAAAAGAAGAAGAGAGCGGCUGAGGCUGAAGCUGCAGAGACGGAUGGGGAUGCUUCCAAGAGGGAGAAGAAGAAGAAGCGCAAAUCUGAAGGCGCCUGAGGAUGAUACGCGACGGUUUUUGUUUUUCAUUCGGCAGACAGCUGCGCAUGCCUCGAUCCUGCCUGGUUUCUUGUCGUCACUCGAGAAUGUCUUCAUGAUGCUAUCCUCACAUUGCCACAUGUGCAACUCAGACUCGCUACUACAUGACUCUUUCGUCUAGUG